AUGGUUGACAAUGUGCAAGAAUUCAAAUUGAGAGAAGACUCCGAAUUGAGAUUUGCGGUAAUUUUGGAAAUGCGAAAAAAUUUAAUAUAACUUAUUUGGAUUUUCAGGUCGGAGACGAAGAAGAUGUUGUGCUCGAAUUAAUCGAAGGAUAUGCCGAAAUGUUUGGAACUGAAAUUACGCCGAAUAAAAAAUACACAUUUCCACCAAGUGAGUUUUUUUGGCAUAAGUUGACGUGGCAAAAUUUUAUUGUAACGUGAAAAAGUCAUGGCUCAAAAACAUUUUUGCCGCGUCAUAACUCGUAGUGAUAAAUCAUUCUAACCUACUUUACUACAAAAAAUAAUAGUAUCAUUUUUUCGGUGGAAAAAAUCGAAAUGAAUUCAAAAAGGAUUUGUAAAAACCCGUGAGACAGAAAAAAAGUAGGUCAAGUGAUGUGGCUUUAAAACAGUAGUAAAAUCUACUGUAAUAUCUAGAGACUUACGAUAAGUGGAUUGGUUUUGAGAAUGCUCAGACUAGACUCAACUCUUAAGGACAAGAAAACAAAUGAGGAAGCAACACGGAGUUCGUGAAAUACCCGGAAAAAUGAGACAUGAAUUCCUGCAGUUCCGACUUUCAUGCGAGACUUUGGAAAAAAAAAACACAACAAAACUUCAAGUCUCGGCUUUUUUGCGAGACUUGAAAACAAAAAACACACAUCAAAAAAUACAGUUUGAAAAGCAAAGAAUUCGGCGAGUGAAGUUGGAAUUUCGGAUGAUCGAUGUGCCCUGAAAGAUUGAUUUUUUGCCAUUCUCGAGAGCCAGGUUACAAAAUCUGAAAUUUUUCUGUGAAAAAAAACUUACUUUUCAAUUGGAGUUGAUAAAAUUGCGAAAUUCUGAAUACAUUUUCCGAUUAAUUUCUGCAAUCUCCAAAAAUUCCACCAGGUUUUGAGGCAAAUUGAAAAGUGGACGAAAAAUAUAAAAGGUUUAUGUUGAAGUCGAUUUGAAUCUGCAAUUUUUUGAAAAAUUAGGCUUUGAAUAAGAUAUUUGCAACCGUUCCCCCAAAAUCUCACAAUUUUUUCCAAAAUUUUUUCCCCCUCAAAAAAUCCAUGGAAAUGUGCAAAACCCGUGAUAACUGUUACUUUCCUACAGCUUUCGGUUCUCCAAAAGGAUUCUUUGACAAAUCCCUACUCAAAUGAUCAACAUUUGAAUAGUUGCGGGUUUCAACAACUGGUAAACGUACUUGCUCAGAAAGUAACGCACAUUUUACACUUCAUUUUUUAGGUUAGAAGUUUUUUACUCCGAAACUUAUGAUAAAGAUCCUCAAAUCAAACUUAUCUUCUCAAAAAAUUUGCAAUUAGUUUGUGUAGAGGCAAAAUGAAGGAAUGAUGAGAUUUGCCAAAAUAAGGAUGACGUGUCAAACAUUUGAAAUUGUUUAUUUUUUGUUGGAUUUUCACGUACACGUUUCGAAAAUUAAUUAAAUUUUCGAUUUUUAUUUUAUUUUUUUUCCAAAAAAAUACACCUUUUCAAGAAUUUUAUAAAUUUGAUAAACUGGGAGAAAACUCUGAUAUUUUUCUUAUCCUGUUUUCUAAAAGAAAAUUGAAGGUGGAGUCUGAGAAAAAAAAUAAAUUAUGCUGAUUUGAAAGAGCACGUUCUACAAUCAAUUAGUACAAUCCUCGAAGGAUUUUUCUGAGAAGCUUCCAGAAAAAUCCAUCGAGGAUUGUACUAGUUAGAACACGCUCUUUCAAAUUAGCAUACCUUAAUUUUGCUCAGACUCCAUCUUUAAGGCUCUAGGCGAAACAGUUAAAUAGAAAACCACCAAAAUAUUACAAAUUUCAAAGAAAACCUUUUUAUAAAGAGGUUAAAAUAAUAAUUUCCACGUCGACCACGUGGUUUUUCUUUUUCCCUUUUCAUUUCUCAUUUUCCAAAUCUAUCCUAAUUUUUCGCAGGUUCUCGAGUUGCAAUUUAUACCUACACACAAGCCACAAUCGAAUUAUUCGGAAAAGUUUCGAGUCAUUAUGUUGCUGAUGAUACUCCGAUGGUUUUUUAUGUCAAUAUUCAUGCAGCAAUUGAAGAAGUUCGACAAGCGAGAGAAGAACAAGCAAUGCAAUCUGGAUAUGGAAAGCCGAAAGGACCCAAAGUUCUUUUGGGUAAAUUUUUAAAAACCUUAGUCUUCUAUGGGAAAAUCUGACAAAUUUGGGAUAAAAUCUAAAAGGGAUAAAAUCUCUGUGGUAUAAAUUCGAGAAAAUAAAUCUGAAAUUUGUUUAAAAGAGAAGAGUAAUCAUCAUAUUUUCUAUAAAAACCUUAUGGACCUUUUUACCUCUUCUCUAUUCUUGUUUAUUGAAUUCUUCUAAACCCCUUUCACCUUCUUAUUCAUUCAAAACAGAUUUUUAGGGCUCGAAGUUAGGUUAAAUAUAAGUUUCCCUAUUUUCAGAAACGGUGUCGGGGUGGCCGAGUGGUUAAGGCGUGGAGAGACCCGUCUUCAUUGAGAAAUCAUCGCGGGUUCGAAUCCCGUCCCCGACAAACUUUUUUUUUCUUUUUCUUCCCUUUCACAUUAAUUUUGUUUCAGUUGGCCCAUCGGAUGUCGGAAAAAGCACAUUGUCUCGAAUUCUUUGCAAUUAUUCAGUGAGACAAGGAAGAUGUCCGGUUUUUGUGGAUUUGGAUGUUGGACAAAAUAAUAUAUCAGUUCCGGGAACUAUUGGAGCAUUGAUUGUUGAUAAAACUGCCGAUAUUAUUGAUGGUUUUGAUCGAACAAAUGCUCUGGUUUAUAAUGUGAGAUUUUUUGGGUGGAAAGAGAGGGGUAUAGUUAGAGUAACUUCUCAAUAAUCAACAAUAAAUAAAUAGAAGUUCCUUUGAGGAUCUCAAAUUUCUUUCAAAGUAAAUUUGGGACUUAUGAACAAGAUAAGGGAUUCUGCCCAAAAAUGUUAUUUUUGUGAACUUUCCCAUUGUUAGCUAUUGGAUUAUGGUUCGAAAAAUCUUUUAAAAAACUCCAAAGUUUUUUUGAAGUCGAAAAAUAACUGAAACCUCGAGCUGAAAAUUUUCUAAUCUCGUAUAAACCUUUCAGUUUGGACAUACAUCUCCUGGUGGAAGUAUUGGUUUGUACAAAGCGAUGAUGAAACAAUUGGCAGCAAGUAUGAAAACACCACAAGUAAGUUUAGCAAAAUUACAUUUUUCACAUUAAAAAUCAGCCACAUUUCAGUUUGAAUCAAAUAGCGAUGCUCUAAUUGGUGGAAUGAUAAUAAAUACAUGUGGAUGGGUAAAUGAUGCUGGAUAUGAAUGCAUCAAAUCAGCUGCUGAAUCAUUUGAAGUCGAUAUUGUUAUUGUAAUUGAUCAUGAAAGAUUGUAUAGUGAUUUGAGUCGAGAUUUGCCGGAAUUUGUGCGACUUUUGAAAUGCCCCAAAUCGGGAGGAGUUGAGAAACGAGACUCGGAAUUUCGCGGGAAGACAAGGACUGCAAAUGUGCACAGUGUAAGUUGAUAGAAGAUUGGUUUUUGAGAGAAAUUUUUGUGUUUUUCAGUAUUUCUAUGGAACAAAGUCUCAACAAGUGUUUCCUUUCAAUAUUGUUCUACAAUUCAACGAUAUCAAAUUGUUCAGAAUUGGAACUGAAAAGGUGAGAGAAUUCAAAGAAGAUUUUGGGGAUUUCCUGAAUUUUCAAUUGUUUUCAUUCUGAAAAUUGUGAUAUAUUUGGUUCAAAAUCAGCCCCUUCUAAAAAAUAUUUAAUUUUUUCUGUAAAUAGUUCAAUUUUUGGUGAGAAAAUGGUUCAAAAACCAAAUGAAAAUGUAAAAAAAAAAAUAUUUGAUUUACCGUAAUCUGACUAAAAAUUUAUUAUUUUUUCUAAUUUUCAUUUGUUUUCCAGCUUCCUGAUUCUUGUCUUCCUUUUGGAAUGGAAGAAGAAGAUCCAGAUACUCGAGUUGUUGAAAUGACUCCUUCCACUGAUAUUCUUCAUCAUUUAUUUGCGAUUUCACAUUCGAAUAUUGUUGAAGAUAUAUGUAAAUCAGCUGUUUGUGGUUUUGUAUUGGUUAAGGAGGUACUAUUAAAAUCAAUUUCAGUUUUAUUUUUCAAAUUUCCAUUUUCAGAUCGAUAUGGAACAACAAAAAAUGACAGUUUUAUCAGUGAGAACAACAUUGCCUUCAACAAAUUUGGUCUUUAUGAAUAUUUCUCAUCUUGAUGAUCAUGUUUAA